CAGGUGCAGCAGCGGCCACCAAGACGUUCUCUUCUACCUCCCCAGCGGUUGGAGCGAGCAAGAACCUCCUCGAAAGAACCCUUGCUACCUUAGACGAGAGUCAACUAGAACCGGAUCCCCGUGCGAUGCCGAUCACGAUAUCCUGUGCAAAAGUGUCUGGGUCUGGAAGGUUGGAACUUGUGAUGCUAUCUUCGGACUCUAAAAAAAUCUGUAUUGCAUGACCAGCGAGAGGAGUCUAGUUUGUGCUACGCGGGGAGGGCAUUUAUCAUGCGGAGUAGGCAUCAGGAAGCCCGCUGAAAAUCUGUGAUGCUAGACCGUGCAUUACAGACAUCCUGGGUCAUGCAAGAUCUGCAUGACAAAUCCUGCAACAUUCGAGACCCAGACACUUUUGCAUUUGAUACACGACCGAUAAGUACAACAUCAAAAAGGACUACUUCCGCAAUAAGGACCGCCAC